AUGCUUCAUUAUCUGAAAAAAUCUCUGGAAAAAAUUGAAAAAAAUUAUUGUUUUUUUUUAAUUUAUAUACAUUUACUCUCAUCCAAGAUCUCAUUUAAAAUCUCUUUCUCUCAUUCAAAAAAAACUCAAACAUUUUUUCGUUGAUAAUAAUUGAAGUAUCUAAGUCUAUUAAAAGAGAUUAAUAAUAUUAGUGGUUCUUACAAUGUUUCCAAAGGACGUUAUGCCAUGGAAAAUGGUAUCAUUGGCAAAACUAAAACAUGUUUUAAUAUAACUUUGUUAAUAGAAUAACUGUCUCCUAUUAGAUCUAAAAUAAUUGGUACUAAUAAAUUAGAAGAUUGGAUUUAAAAAGGAUCAUUUUUAUAAGAUCAUAACCAUACUCAUAAGUAUAAAGUAAAACCAUCAGUCCCUAAAUCAGCAGAACAACCUCUAAUGAAUUUACAUACAAAACAGAACUAUAUUGAAACUAAUAAAAUAUAUACUAUUCUUGCAAGUUCUCUUUAUUAAUUAUAUUUAGCACCAAGAAAGCCUAAGAAAUAAAUAGAUUGGCUAAAUAAAUAAACUUAUGGUAAAACUCCUCAUUAUUUGAAUAAAAUCAAAGAAAGUAUCUCUUAAUCAUUUAGGUAAUAACAAGAAAAUGAUGCUAAUUAGAAAAACCAAUUGUAUAUAGAAUCAUUAUUAAAGAAAACUAUUAUCACAAUCUGAGGUGCAUUAAAUAAGAGAAGGCCUUAAAUAGAAAUAUGAUUUCAUAAAUUUUGAAUAUUAGAAACAUUCUCAUUUAAAAACAUUCGAUAUUGUUAGUUUAAAAAGAAGAUAAAUAUAAUAUGAAAGAGAACUAGAUCAAUUAGAAAAAGACAUGGAAAAAAUAAAUAAGAAUUAUGUUUAUGUUAUUAAAUGA